UUGCUGCAUCUGCAUUUUCUCACUUCUCCCCAUUUCUGUCCCCGUCUCAGCGUUUCCACUGAGAGCAUUGUUCGCUUCUUUGUACCAUGACCGGAAAAAGAAAGUCAAGAUCGUGGAACGUCCUUCUACCUAUCGUUCUUUGUGAUCAAUGCAAACACACAUUCUCCCUAGCCGACGCUGGCCCACCGGUUUCUUUCGCAGAACAAUGUCGCACUUUCUAUUCCCCGUCAAACAGGCAGCGCAAAACUAUCUUCCGUGAGAAAUCGCGUCUUGAAGGCAUUGCCGCCGAUUACGACUGCGAACUAACGCGAUUGCGCGACAUCGUCGCUCAACUCGAAUCAAGAAGAGCAGAUGUGCAAACCCACAUCAACAUCUGCGUCAGCCUAUCUUCUGCGCCAGUUCGUCGCCUGCGCAAUCCCCUUUCCCAGCCAGAUGAUUCACUUACCCUUUCCUUAUCUUCACAACAUGACCCAGACAAAAUUCUCAAGCGCAUACUCAUCUUUGCCUGCUACCGUGACGACGACAACGACGCUAACUCUCAUCUUCAAUGGCUAACCCCGUUAGUGAUAUCACAUGUAUGCUCUCACUGGCGCAAGCUAUCGUUGGACAUGCCCGAGAUGUGGUCAUAUCUCGACGUCACCCAGGAUCUUGAUCCGGAUUCUAAUCUGGAGCUCUUGCACCUGUACAUCGCUCGUGCUAGAGCGAACACCCCAUUAUCUGUCAGGAUCGAGUUGGACAUCCACCACGCCUACGCACGUCGGCACGUCCUCAAUCUGGUCCUGGGUCAUGCCGGGCGAUGGAAGGAGGCAAUCAUCGUCGUUGAUCACGGACAGCUCUGGCGCUUCCUCUCUUACCCCUUUGACAUCCUAGAGAGCCUGGUGCUUCGCGUCGGGGACAUCCCAAGCGAUCAUCCCGUCGAGCAAUUCAAAUUUGUCCCUCGACUUCGCUAUGUCAACGUGGACGCAGCGCUGGGCGUUUUGUCACUUCCGUACGGCGUGCGAUGCAUGGACCUAAGGGGACAGGCAGACCACUCCGAGGUGGUUCGUCUAGGGGCAUACCAGCUUGAUACACCAGUCCUCCAUCUCUCGCUCUUCCCCGUAUUCACCGAUGCCCCCGUCCGGUUGAUCCAUAUCCAAGCAUUGACUCUUCAUGCCCUCCCCUCGGACUUCGACACGUUCGCACAGACAGUGACUAUCCCUUUCCUGGAUCGUCUCAGCAUUCUCUUCGGCAAAGACUAUACAUUCGACGUCUCAUUCCAUUCCCUUCUUUCCCUCAUCAAGCGCUCCAAAUGCCAGCUUAGCGCGUUCAGCCUUGACAUGACGCAGUGUCCAGGGGAUCACUGUUCCUCGCACAUACAGAAGCUCCAGAGCGGAGACAUCGUGUUGUGGGACUUUUUGGAUGGGGUUUCUUCAAUUAGGGAGCUCUGCGUCAUCGAACCUCGCGAUUCGGAGUGUGUACAUUGUAAUAUGGUUACGAUGCUGCUGCGGUGGCUCGUGGUCGAUGAUGCACGUAGUACUCCUCUGAUUCUCCCCCAUCUGAGGAUGUUGGAGCUCGUUUGGACGGCUUUGCCGGAUGUGGAUUCGCUCAAGACUAUGGUGGAGAGUAGGGCGGAGGAACGUGUCGUAGUAAGAAGGAUCGCGACUCCGGUCGAUGUCGAGGCUGAGGAAGGGAGUAGAAGUAUGAACGAGGGUGACGAGACCAGUAUGAGCGACACUUCUUUCGAGACUUGUCGCUCGAGUAUCCCUUCGAGUGAAUGCGACAGCGACGAUGAUGUCGUUGUCAGCGCUCUGGAGUCUCUGGUCAUCGGGACGCGAGCAGAGAUAGAGGAGAACGAUAACAUGACGGAAUGGAUGGACGAGCUGAGAGCUCGCGGUAUGACGGUGCAUUUAUGGUAGUCUUUUUUCUCCUUGUUCUCUCAACAUGUUUACCCGAUUUCUUACUGGUACAUUAUAUCACAUUAUACCUCUAGGAUACAUACACUUUUCGACGUUUAA